UUUAAUGCAAAACAUUUUUUCUCUUCAUACGCUAGAGAUGAGUGACCAGGAGAUAGUUUAUUUAACCCCAACGGAUCUUCGUUUUCCUUCAGAGUCACCAAAGAGAUUAAGGCCUGGUGGCAUCCAAAGGCCUGGGAAAAGUGAUGGCAAAGAGUUUGCAGUACCCUGGUGUCUCAUUGCAGUGACUCUUGUGAUCCUUUGUUUACUUCUAUUGAUUACGGUCAUAGUGUUGGGAACAAUGAUUUUUCAGUGCAUUCAAGAAAAACAUCAACAGCAUGAAAUUCUACAAAACCUCAGGCUAAAGUACCACAUUAUGCAAAAUGACAACUUCACAGAGCAACUUUUGACAAAUAAGACUUUAUCAUCUGACAUUCUUAAAAUGCUUCAGCAGAAAAAGAAACCGGUCUCACUCUUAUCAGAAAAGAACAGCUGUCAUAGAAAAGAGAUGAGCUUUUCAAAAUCUAUGCAAAAUACAGGCAAACUCGAUAAGGAACACUGGUCCUGUUGUGGAAAAAAUUGUUACUUGUUUAUCGAUGAAGAUAAAAACUGGAACGGAUGUAAACAGGCUUGCCAAAGUUAUGGAUUAUCUCUUUUGAAGAUAGAUGAUGAAGAUGAACUGGCCUUCCUUCAACAGCAGACUUAUACAAAUAACUACUGGAUUGGAUUAUCAUAUAACGAAGGGAAACAUAAAUGGGAAUGGAUUGGCAGUGGCACACCUGGAAUUAAUCAUGCGAUGAUGAAUUUGACUUCUGGGAGAGGACAAUGUGCAUUUUUAUCGUCAACAAGGUUAGAAGCCAUUGAGUGCUUGAAAACCUACAAUUGCAUCUGUGAGCACAACAUUUCUCCUGCUUUGGAUGCACUAAAAAGAAAAGGACAGUCUAAUUAAAACACAGAUGAGCAAGAUGAUGAGAAAAUCCUCUUCUGGAUGAUGAUGUGGGAUAUCAGACAUCCUCAAUCUUCUUGGAGAAGAGGAGAUUUUUUGUCUUUGGAGAGCAGAAACCCUUCUCUUUAAUGGGCCUGUGGAAUUAUUCUCUCUCUUUCCCUGCACUGCCCACAGAACCAACAGAAAACUCACAAAUACCUGGGUCUUCUCCUUAUUUUCAGGAUAAACCAUUUCAAUAGUCUCCAGCUUUGAGAGAUAGCACGAUUAAGAACAAGAGCACAAUUGUGAUAGCACAAUUAAAAGUAUAGGUAUCAUUUUCCCCCAUCUAGCUGCUUACCUCCCAUCUUAAAAAUAUAUUUUGCCAUAAUUUCAAAAAUGCUGAGUAGCUCAAACAACACUUUGAGGAACUCUCCUAUAACCUUUACCCACAGUUAGCAUUUGUUUAUAUUUUACUAUCUGCAUUUCAUUGAAUUCUCUCUUCCUCUCUUUCUCUCCCAUUGCUGAUUCAUUUGAUAAUUAAUUGAGAAUAUUAUGUCUCUUUAUCUAAAUAUUUUACUAGAACAAGGACUUAGUCCUGUAUAACCAUAGCAAAAUUAUGAAAAUCAGGACAUUUAGCAUUGAUGUAGUACCAUGGUUUUGUCUACAGUCCAUAUUUAAAUUUUGUCAACUGUGUCCAUGAUGUUAUUUCCAGGUGUUUUUCCUCCAUACUCAGGAUCAUGCAGUGUAUGCAGUCCUGAUGUCUCCUCAGUCUCCUUUCAUCCAGAAUAGUUCUUCAUGCUUUUGAGGACUUUC